GUGGCCUGUUUGGCAAAUGCUGCUCUACAUGACAGCGUGAACUUCACAACACACUCAUUCGACCGGCUGCUCCUCGACUUGAUCAGCUAAACCUUGCUGGCAGCAUGAGAGCAGUAUUAUGACUACAGCUUUUUUCAGAAAUACUGCAACCUGGAAUACCAUGCCCAGCAUUUAAAGUUCCGAAGAACUUUGGCGGAAUUAGAGAGCACAAUGGGAAAUACUGUGAAAACUCCAAGACCAUCCGAAGAAACAAACAUGCUGAGCCAAACGGGCCAGGAGAGUGACUUCCUUGCUGUCCUGUACGAUUAUCCUUCAGCAGACAUAAGCCAACCUAUAUUUCAUGUAGGGGAAAAACUACGUGUGCUAUCAGAUGAAGGAGGCUGGUGGAGAGUCCAUUCCCUUACAACAGGUCGAGAAAACUAUAUUCCAGGAAAAUAUGUAGCAAAGGUUUAUCAUGGCUGGUUAUUUGAAGGGCUGGGAAGAGAAAAAGCUGAGGAACUUCUACAGCUACCCAACACCAAGGUCGGCUCCUUCAUGAUCAGAGAGAGUGAAACAAGGAAAGGGUUAUAUUCCUUGUCAGUGCGACACAGGCAAGUGAAACAUUACAGGAUCUUCCGCCUUCCAAAUAAUUGGUAUUACAUCUCUCCACGUCAAACCUUUCAGUGCCUUGAAGACCUGGUCAAUCACUACUCAGAAGUUGCUGAUGGUCUCUGCUGUGUCCUCACAACACCUUGUCUUACCCAGUGCACUAACAACAACACCAUGACGAAUCCAGUCCCUCCUGUGGUCAUGAGGAAUAAAAAUUUCAACUGGAGAAACAUUCACAGGCUGGAGGUGACUGAAGAUACCAAAAGCACUCUGGCAGCAAUGGAUGACUCUUGUCUCAGCUAUGGCCUGAGGGAAAGUAUUGCUUCCUACCUCUCCCUAACGGAAGAUGACAACACUUCUUUUGCAAGUGCCAGAAAGAAGAAAACCCAAUCUCUUAUAUACACAGGGAACAAACGUAAAAGUGCCCUUCACUUGCCACCUACGUACUACGAAGACUAAAUAUAAGACAAUCAGGGGGAAAAAACCCAACAACUGAAGUGUUAGAAGAGAAAUCCAGAGCAUCCCGUGGUCCUGCAGUCCUUCAACAGCUAAGAAAUACAGGCACCCCAGCUGGUGACCCAACUCUAGAACUUCUGCAUUUUCUCUUCUGAAUGCUACCCAGAGACUUUCUCAAGGGUGUUAUCUCAGCCACAGCAUAUGCUGGGAACGUCUCCAGUGCACCUGAAAUUAGAACUGGCUCACAUACAGGAUAAACUGAGAUAGACUCCAAAUCAAAAGCCAGGUGAGGCAGGUGACUCUUCAGCAAGGGUGAUGCCCAGCACUGUACAAAGAUGACUGCAUAGGGAAGGACUAACUGCAGCUCAAGAACUGAAAUUAAGUCUUGCUCUGGUAUUCUCCACAAAGCUGAAAACCACCUUCACAAAACCUAUCUACACUGGAAAAAGAAGCCUUUUUCUUCUCAAGGCAGAAUUAUCCACUGUCAUUAACAAUGGGUCAGAAAGUUGUCAAUAACUUCAAGAAAGCAUUUAACACCCAGCAUCCAAGAAACAUCUGAUUAUAUUGACUCCAUACUUACUUUUUAGGAGAAAAAAUUAAAAUCAUUGACUUUGCAAGUUGCAUUUAUAUCAUCUGCUGGCAAUGGCCUGCAGCAUCAUAAAGUAGUCACAAAAUUAAGAGCAGGCUUAAUUCACUGAGAAAAGCAGUUCCUGCUUAUCCCUGAGAUGGGAGUACAGACUUAUCCAAACAUGUAACUCAGCUGCUCAUAGUGUAGCAGAUAUAAAACAGAGAACAAAGAGGGGGUUAAGCAAAAAUAUAAUGUGAUAAUAUUGUGCCUAACUGCAAAGGUUGGCUUGCAAAGGUGUGACCUUUUAUGUGUAGAGGAAUAUAUUUUAACUUCAUCUUCUGAAGUAAGCCACAUAUUUAUGUAUAAUAUUUAUAUUAUUAGCAGUUUUUAAAAUAAUUAAACUAAGAGAACAAAUCACUAACAGUGGAAGUUAAAGAUUUUUCCUGAUUUCUUGUCUGAAGAGAGUUAUGUCAAAUAGUAAUAACACUUUUCAUCAAAUCACUUAAAGAUUAAAGGGUUUUCUGAAAUUUCAUUAAUUUUUCUACAUGUAUGUACCCUUUGCUAAGGGGAUAAAAAGCAGGUAGCAUGUUCCUUUGAACUUGCCUCAUGAUUGCUUUCGAAAUCAAGCAAUAACUCACAUCUGAGGGUGUAAAAGUCCACAACUUACGUUCUCAA